UACAGAAGCAGCACCUUGCUACGUAGGUACCCAUGGAGGUUGUAACCGGGGCCACGAGCAGCCUGCUCCCCAAGCUGGGCGUGCUUCUGCAGCAAGAGUACAACCUGCAGGACGAAGUGAAGAAGGACAUCGAGUCUGUUCAAACCGAGCUCAUUUUCAUGAACGCCGCCCUCCGCAAGGUGGCCGCGGUCCCAGAGGAUGAGCUCGACGAGCAGGUCAGGACCUGGGCCAUAGUCAUCAAGGAGCUCUCAUUCGACAUGGAAGAUGCGGUGACUGCUUUCAUGGGAGGCGUGCAGGGUCACGGACAUGCCAACACGGAGAGCUUCGUCAUGGAACUCUUUAAGAAGGCCACCAACAUGCUGUGGAUGAGCAGGAGACACCAUCGGAUUGCCGGCAUGAUUGAAGAAAUAAGGAACCUUACCACGGAGGUGUCCCUGCUGCGUGACAGGUACCGGCUCGAUGACUUCCCAUCGGAACGGCCCAAGAUCUUGACCGGCAAGAAGAAGAGUACUUUAGAUGGAUAUACCGCUCCUGAGCACCAGCAAGCAAUCCAUCGGCUCAUCUGCAUCAAGGAACCCGUGGGAGUUCGAGAAGACAUGUUGAAGCUUCAGGACUGGAUAAUGUCUCGUGAUGCCAAUCUGGGUGUGCUCUCUAUUUUUGGAUUUGGCGGCGUAGGAAAAACCACCAUUGCGAUGGCUCUUUAUAAGAGGUGCCGUAAUCAGUUCAAGAGCCGGGCAGUGAUCACCGGCCUGUCUCAGUAUACGGACCCUGCCACAGUUCUCCGUUACAUACUGAGUCAAAUCAGGCCGCAGGUGAAUAAUACCGGGAUCAUCUUGGAGAACAAGAUCAGUCGAACAACCCGGAGGAUGGCCAACGGGUUACACAGAAUUAGCCAGUGCUGCCGAAAUCAAGAGGAUAUGACUUCGGCCAUGGAGGAUGAUGUACUAUCACGCGAGCUGAGCCAAUACCUCCAAGAAGAUCGGUACUUACUGCUAAUUGAGGACGUGUGGUCUGUGCCUAUGUUGGGUAGAAUUUUGAGCUGCUUACCAUUGAAUGAACAAGGCAGUAGAAUAAUCGUAACUACCCGAUCAGAAACUGUUGCGAUGACACCACUGGUUCGGAACCAUUAUUCCCAUCUGAUAAAAGUUCUACCUGAGGAGGAGGCCCAGAACCUAUUUUACAAAAGUUUGUUAGAGAGCCGGAACUGGGGCACUCAAGGAGGUAGUGUAAACGAGAAUGAUCAACUACCUUCGCGAGUUUGGGAGAUGUGCGACGGCGUGCCAUUACCCAUAAUUACCAUGGCUGGUCUGGUGGAGUCGAUAAAGCCAGAUGAAUGGACUGAAGUGUGCAAGACUCUGUUCCCAGAAAAUCAAGUGUGCCGUAGACCGGAGGAUUUUAGGAGGAUAAUCAAUUACUGCUAUAAUGUUUUGUCUAGUGAUCUCAAGACUUGCUCACUGUACCUUUGCAUAUUCCCAAUGGGCCGCAAGGUCAGCAGGAAGAGGCUGAUAAGGAGAUGGAUUGCGGAAGGUUUUGUCAGUUCGAAGCAAGGGUUGAGUGUAGAGGAUGCUGCUGAGGCGUGCUUUAAUCAGCUCGUUAAAAGGAAGAUAGUACGGCCUGUAGAACGCAACAGCGAUGGAACGGUGAAGAGCUGCCAGGUCCAUGACAUGGUCCUUGAGUACCUCCUAUCCAAAGCAGGCGAAGAGAAUUUCGCCGCUGUGGUUGGUGGCCAUUUGCCCAUGCUAACGCAAAACAUCAAAGUACGCAGGUUGUCCAGACAAAGAAGUGAUUCUGAGAGUGCCAAGGAGAUGGAUAGUAUGAACAUGUCCCGGAUCCGAUCAAUGACCGUGUUCGGGACACUGGAUCGACUGCGUUUCAGUUCAUUCAAGACCGGAGUAGUGCAAGUUCUAGACCUACAAGGCUGUCAAGGAUUUAAGGCGAAUCAUGUCAUGGACAUAUGUGAGAUGACUCUUCUCAAGUACCUCGGCCUACGAGGAACAGACAUCCGCAAUCUGCCCUCCACCAUCGGGAAUCUCAAGUAUCUCGAAACUCUUGACAUCAGGGACACAGAUGUUCAAGAGCUGCCUAAGCCUGUACUUCUGCUGGAACAAAUUAGGAACAUACUAGGCGGAGAUAAGAGGACACGAAAAGCCUUGAAAAUGCCUAAAGAGUUCAAGAAGGGAGCAAUGAAAAACCUGCGCAUACUGUCAGGCAUCGAGAUCACCUUGAGACAUAGCGCUGCAUCAUACCUCACUAGUCUCACCAGGCUGACCAAGCUAGCUAUGUACAAGAUCCACACGGAUGAUGACAUGCUCACAUUGCUAGGCGACUCCAUUGAGCACCUGGGCGCCUAUGCUCUCCAAACUCUUGUUGUUGAUCAUGAUUCAUCUGAUCUUUUUAAAGCACUGAAUAACAUGAAUGCCCCAGUCUACCUAAGUGCUCUCGAGCUGUCUGGCAAGUUGCUUCAACUCCCGAAAUGGCUUCCUGAACUCAAUAAGCUUACCAAGCUAACACUUUCGGCAACCGUUCUCCAGACUGAUAAUUUGGUCCUUCUCAGCAAACUAAGGUCAUUGUUUUCGCUGACUUUUUCAAUCCAUGCAGCAAAUCAGGAUCCUGAUAUUGUGGCAAUUAUGGAGCAAAAUAAGUCCAACUCUGGAGGAGAGAUCUUUGUCCCGGCUGGAGGAUUUCAUAAUCUCAGACUACUUCGCAUAUCUUUACGUCUUGUUCCGUCACUCAACUUCUGUGAGACAGGUACGCCAGAGCUUGAAAGGAUUGAACUCUGUUUCGGAAGGCUCCAAGGUCUUCAUGGGAUACACAAGCUUGGAAAUAUCCAUGAGGUGCUCUUAAUAGUUAAUGACAUUCCAUGCCAAGGAACAAAGUUGAUACUUGACGAACUGAAGAAAACUUCUGGCUCGCACAAAUAUGCCCUGAUUUUCAACUGAGUAUUACGAUUGACAAGAUUCCGUGUGAAGCAUCUCGAAGUAUUAUAUUCAACCGCAGUUAUCUAGACAUCUCUUAGUUUAAGCAGACAUGUUACAUGUACUAGUUGAA